CAGAAAGGUAGCCAGGGCCGGGUCAGGAGGCCCCCGGGGACAUGUGAAGGAGCUCGAGCGUUUCCUAGAGAAGUCGGGAGUCAUGGAAAGCAAACGGCCCUCCCAGGCUCCCUUGCAGCAGGGGCAGCCCCUCCAAGGAGCCAGGUCUGUCCGGCGAGAUGCAAGGGGACGCUUACUGGAAGCUUCUGGGAAAGGUUUUGUCCUCCUUGAUAAGAGAAGGCGAGGCAAGACCACAGUCAGAGCCCUUGGCCUGUGGCCACCGAAAACAACGUGUCCUCAUUGUCAUUGAGAAACUGCAGUUGGGUCUUCGGAUGUCUCCAGGAUGCCCCUGUUCCCACACCAAGGCAGGAGGAGCGGGAAGCCGGGGUCCGCUGGGAGCAGCCUCAUUGGAAGCCCUCAUUAGCAGCAGGAAUGCUUAUGCAGCACGCGCCUCGGAAACUGGGAUAAGGAGAGCUAUAGCUCUGUACCGAGGCCCCAAGGCCACAUUCAUCGGGGCUAAAGACCGUAUUUGGCGUAGUGCUCGCAACUGGGCCAACUACCUUGCUGAGCUUGUACUAAUCCACUGCCACCAUCCAAGACCCAUCACCAGACUCUCCUGGGAUCAGACAGGCAAGCUGAAUGGAGAUGCACUGGACCACCACUCCCGCAUCCUUUAGGCCUUUAAAGAUGUUGUU